AACAACCAAAGAUGAGAAAGACAGACCUUUUUAUUAAGCAAUUUGAGCCACGGGCUCGAUUUUAUUGAUAAUUAGAAAACAUGCAGAAAAUGUACAGGCCCAAAUGGGUCCAAAAAGGAAAGUAAACAACAGAAAUAAAACAAAAUGGACUGACUGGUCUGGUCCGCCUCUAUUUCUGUAUCUAUAUUGGAAGAUUUUCCAAAAGGAAACUCAUUGCUUUCAACUGCCGCUUCCACUGAGCUAUGAAGAUGAUGAAGAUGAAGAAGUUUCACAACAAUGGUUUGGUUCUCCUCCUCUGGGUGAUCAACAUUCGUGGUCCUCUUUGGUGUUUGCCGCUGUUUUUCAGCUUGCAGAAAUGUGUUAUCCAGUGGAUGAGAUUGUUGUGUAUCCCCAGGAGUCUACAGAGGGUUGUCAUUGUGGGUAUCAGCUGAUCUAUUCUGUCUGAAGCAGGGGUGGAGUGCAACUAGAAGCUCCCGACCUCCUUCCGAUAGUACUUUCUGUAGUGCUUUUUGCUGGAGUACCUUUUUGUUGGCUGACGUAGCUCAAGCUAGGUAGCUUUAUCACAGUUAUUUCUCCCAUGAAGUGGCCAAAACAUAUUCUGUAAAUAUAAUAACUGUGAAUAUUGGUCUGCUUUUUCUCUGUUGAUUGUAUGCUAUGCAUGGUUGUUGCUAUUGAUCUUGCGUGUCUUUAUCCUGAUUGAAGGGAGCUGUGCUUUAUCUAGGCUUAAAAUCUUCCUUCCAAUGGUUGGAAGAUUUUUGAAAAGUGUGAAAUUUGUGGAUCUCUUCAUGUAUUAUUGUUGUGUUUGCUAGAUAAUUUGCUAGCUGAUUAGCCUAUCGGAAAGUGUGCUGAACUUGGACCCUUAACUGUGGUAUUGAAUUUUUGAUUUCCUCAAUUUUUUCAUUGAGCUCCCAGGGUAUUUUCCACACCUCUUCUAGCAUGUUCCUGAGACCGAGUGAAUCAGUCUCAAGAAUUACGUUAUGAAGUCCAUGUGUGAAACAGUAUCUGAGAGCUUUUAUGAUGGCUAUAGUCUCUGCCUCCACGUUGCUAGCUUCCCUUAUUUGUUAUGCUUCCGCAUAUAUUUUUUUGAACUUGGUAACUUUGUAUUAUAUCACAAAACAGUAUAAGGGUUGUACUGAAACCUUGUAUACAAGUGUACUCCUGAUUUCAAUUCUCUAUGUCUAAAUUGAGUCCAACACAUCAAUAAUAGAGACAGUGUCAGCUCUCCUCCAUGUGUUCAUCUUACCUAGUAUCUCUUAUGUGUUGUUUCUUCUCGAUUGACAUGUCCUCUAUCUCUGGUGCCUCAUUAACAGAUGCGUCUGGGAUAAUAAUCUGAAUUGGGUUUGGUUUUUGAGUAAUCAUAUCGUUUUGCCUUUCCACCUUAUCCUCCUUUUGUGGGCUGCAAUUUUCUCUAUUGUUCGUUCCAAGAUCUUGUACUAGUCAUCCCUGGUAUCCUUGAGGAGCCUUGUGGUCUGCACUCCCUUUUUCUCCUUCUAUUUCUGUGUUGGUCAUCAGGUGGUGCCCAAAUUGAUAGAACUUAGAACACUUGAUGUUGGAUUGCUUUUGUUGGUUGUAUGUUUUACUUUGUUUUCUUUGUUGCUUGUGUUCUUCUUUGUAGUCUGAUCCUUGUUGUUUAUUGGGUUCUCUUUGCUAUCCAAUUGUUUACCAAAAGCCUCUUCCACCCAUUUCUUUGUUGAUUCCCUUUGUAUCUUCUUUGGUUGCUCUGUAGGAUUAUUAAUUGUAUGUAUCUCUGUGUUAUUUUCUAUCACCUCCUUUCCAAGUGCAUCAAACUUGUUCAGGGUGCUCACCCCCUGUUUUUCUUGAGGUUUUUCUAUUGGGUUCCAUUUCUGCUCUUGCCUCCCAUCUUCCAUAUGGUUUGCCUCUCCCUACUCUUUUCUUCUGCCUCAUUUCCUUGAAGGUGUCAAAUUCGUCCUGUUUCCCUCCCUCUGUUUGUUCAACCUUGUUGAGGUUUCCUUGUUGUGUUUUGUGUGCAUUCCCGAUCCCUUUCUCUCCUAGGUUAUUUGCAAUGGCCUUGUCCUUCUUCUUGGAAUCUCCUUGUUUGUUGUCUUCCUUUUCCUCGUUUCGGUAUAAUUCCGGGCGGAUGAUAUAACAUUGUUGUACAUCAUGACCAGUGUUGUGAAAGGCGAUCGCCUUGUUGCCAAAGGCGAGAGGCGAGGCGAGACGACCCUUC